AUGGCACACCGGUUAUUCCUUUCAUUCAAGCAUUCGCGUCCUGGAAGAAGACGAUUCAAAUUCGACAGAUAUACGCUUUAUCGUAUACCCUGGAUUGAAUCCCCUCUUGAUAAGAGUGAUACCCCUCCGCGCUUAUACAAACAAGCGGAUGCCACACCAAUAGAGCUAUUCUUUGAUCUCUUUUUUGUGGCAAACCUCUCAACGUUUACCGCUUCAAAUGACAUAAACUCACUGGAAGCACUGUGGUCCUAUGUCUGUUUUCUGGGGAUAAUUUGGUUUACCUGGCUUCAGGUCACUCUAUUCGAUAUUCGGUUUGCUAGAGACUCCGUGUUCGAACGAAUAUGCAAAGCGGUACAACUAGCAACCAUGGUAGGGUUUGCUUCUGCUGGCUCUGGUUUCGCGAUGCAAGUUCUACCAGAGAAUUUGUGGAUAUUCCAUUCCCUAACCAUACUCCUUGCCAUAAGCCGCUUGAUGUUGUCACUGGAGUAUUUCAUUGCCUCCGUAUACUUACCUCCCAACAUGGCGUUUAAUUUACGCUGUGUCACUUUGUUUAUGUUUGUUAACGGCCUGAUAUACAUUGCGCUGUAUUUCCUCUUCAAUGACCAGGCGGCCUCCAUUGGCUCGUACAUCUGGACUUUAUGGUGGUUUCAGUUUGCUGCUGAAACAUUCGUAGUGAUGGUAAAAGCGGACCAAUUGCCAGGCAUUGGUUUUGAGGACACGCACCUUAAUGUCCGGAUGGGUCUCCUCACACUUAUCAUCAUUGGAGAUGGCAUUAUAUCAGUUACUAGGAUUGUUAACAGGACCGUGGGCAACGGCUGGACACGCUGGUCUUUUGUCCAUAUAUUUGGGGUCACAAUCUCCGUGUACCUUUUAUGGCAGUCUUAUUUCGAUAUCACGCCCACAGAAAAGUUAGGGAAACUUCGACAGAAAAUAUGGACGUGCUUGCAUUUCCCGUUUCAUGCAAUCCUGAUCCUUUUGUCUGAAGGAAUGCAGAUCCUGGCGCUUACUUUGGAUGUGUCUCUAAAACUCAAACAAUUGCGUGACACCAUCUUGUCUGCUUGCAGUGUUACAAGGCCUAGUAUCUCAGAUGCGAUUGAUUCACUUAACAGCACAAUUGCAGACAUGGGAAUCGAUUUCACAUAUGGGGCAUUGGUCGAAAAAUAUGCAAUUCAGGGCGUCUUGUGGGACCUUAGGCGCCAGCCUCGUCUCUGCCCUUCAGAAACGGAGACCGGUUCUCUCGAUAUCGAGAGGUCCCAUGAUAUAAUGGGAAACGUUACCGUGGCUCUCUUCUCCAGCAUGGGAAUAACUCCGCCAGAAGGCCACACGAAGGCAACGAGAAGUGACCAUCUAUUAGCAAUGUAUCUUAGGAUGCUUGGCUUUGUCUUCUUGUACUAUUUCGUCGUCGCCGCUCUUGCCAUGUUUAUGUUUGCGGCAUUCACCUUCUUAGUCCACCACGACCCCACAAGAAGAGUGUUUCGACUAUGUGCCACGGGCACCCGAGUGCUGGCGGGAUUUUCGUUGCUAAGCAUUAUAGCCUUGGUAACAAAUUUCGACCUGGCCUAUAGGUACAUGACAAAUCCCAUGAUCCUAUUUACGGUAGCUCUAGCCCUUCUGAUAUGUCUUUUAGGUGAUCAGGUAUGGCAUACAUUGGCCUUUUACUAUGCGGGCUUCGAGGUCGAGGAUGGCGAAGGUAUAGAGCUAGACGAUGUACAUACCAAUGCAUGA